ACUGGAGAUAUGGAGCGAGCAGAAAUAAUACUAAAUAGAUUACAUAAUUCUGGACCAAAGGAUAUAAAGCAUUACUCGGACAUAAAUGCAAAGUUGUAUACCUUAUUAUGUGUAAAACUUGCACCGGUUGCGCCGGUUGCUCCGAUUGCUCCUAAAGGACCUAACGAUCCAGGAGUUCCGGGAAAGCCGGGAAUUCCGGGAAAACCCGGUAAGACAGGAGGUACAAACACGGAUCCACCUCCAAAAGAUAAUACCGAACAGCCAGAACCAUCUUCAACAGAGGAUAAUCCAGCAAAUCAAACGCAACAACCACAACCGCCAUCAUCGUCGCCACUACCACAAGAUAAUACUACACUAAAACAACAACAGUCAUCAUCAUCAUCACCAAUAUUAACUUCCAUUUUAUCGCAAACAAAUAGCAUUGCAAAUAAUAUUAGAAAUGGAAAUAAUAGAGAUACAUCAAAUAGUAAUACAUUAUAUAAAUUUCUAAAUCGACAACAGCAGCAGAAACAACAAUUAGAAGAUGAAGAAGUGUCUGAUGGAAUAAUGGUUACUAAAAUACAUUCCGUAAGUAUACAUCAUGAAGAUUUUACAUUAGAUGACUUUGACGAUAAUGGAAUCGCUGCUAGCUUUAAAAGUGCUGGAACUGGAACAAACGAAUCCGACGAUACUAAUAAUGAAAAUGGUGGAUAUCUUGAUGGUGAAGCUAAAAGUAGAAUAAUGAGAGAACGAUUAACCACAAGUAUAACAAGUAGUGUAUCCACUCUGAGUAAUAAUAACGAUAAAACUAAUAGAAAUAGCUUUAAUAGUACGAUAAGUAAUUUAACGAUUAAAGAAGAAUUAAGAAAAGCAAACGUUAAAUUUUAUAUAUGA